UGCUGGUUGCUAAGCUGCUGAAACUAUAAAACAAUAAGGCCUGUCUCUCAGUCAGAGCGGUGAGCUGUUUCAGUAUUAUACCUGUUUAUAUAUCUGCAGGUAAAAGUGUUUAACAGCGGGGAUAGUUAAUAAACGCUCUGAGUGAAGCUACAGGUGCUGUGAGCAGGCGAAGGAUUUCCUCUGAUAUGAAUAAAGUUUCUCAGCAGGUUCUCCUGAGUUCUCUCAGAGAGGAGCUUCAGACUGUGGAUUACAGCAAGUGGGAGCGGACUAAAACAUUACGAUCAAAUGGCUUAAAAUCAACAAAACCAAAAAUCGUGCACUGGAGCGCAUCAUGUCCUGAUCAUAAAGAGGCCAGAUCAUCACACAGACCAAUCACAGGGCGAGGGGGGAACACUACGCAGCCCAAUGAAAAAAAACACCUACAACCUGAGAAGUCCGGGGCACCUGCAGCAUCUUCUAGACUCUCCAGAAGAACCUUGAAAAACACUAAAAAGGAGCAUCAGGAAUCCAUCAGCAGAAGUGAUCAGAUCCAAACACUGGAGCUGCUUAUCAGGCUGCAGAGAUGGUCUAUAGCGGAUAUGGGAAGGCGGUGUGAAGAUCUUCAGGAGGCAAAUCAAAAGGUGAUCAGAGAUAUCGAAAAUACAGAGCGUGAUUCCUUCUCCAGCGUUAGAGAAUCCCUGAAUCUACACCAGAAACUGGGGAAUUCAGUAUCUGCCUUAAAGCGAUGGAGUGACCAGCAGAUCAGACAGGCCAAGUCAGAUCUGAAGAAUGAACUCGAGGAGGCAGAAAAUCAUCUAUCUGGACUUCAAGCUCAGCUAAAGGCAGUGACAGCAGAUGUGGCUGAUGCCCAGGCAAAGCUUCGUUGCCUAAAGACCUAUAAAGACAUGGAGUAUCCAGUCAAAGCCCUGCAGAUCACUGAAAUGAAGAGAGAACUGGAGAUGCUCAAGCAGGUACAGCAGGCUGAAUAUGAGGAAGUGAAGCGCCUGUGUCAGGCGGAGAUGACCCGUCUAGAGACACAGCUCAUCCAGAGACAACAUGAAGUGAUGUCCGCCACAGCCCAACAAAAACUAUCCCAGAUCCCUCCAGCUGUGAUACGGAUGGCCGCACAGAACCGAGCAAUGAAGGCCGAGAUUGAUAGCUACAAGAAGUCGACCUACGUAGCUAUAAGCACAGAUUUGACUGAAAUCAGAUUGUGCAAGUUGAUUUAGUAUACAAUAUUUACAUUUCUUAUAAACAUUCAUUAAUAUAAAUUCAUUGAUAAACGUCUGUAAAAUGCCUGUACACCUUAUUACUUCCACAUGGAGUAUCUUGAAGGAAGGAAAUAUAAUGGAUUGCUAAAAAUCUGUUUUGUAUUUUUAUAUUAAAAGAUAUUUCAAGGAAUCAGAUAGGAAAUUUCAAAUAUUUUACAUGUCUUUAUUGAGUGGAGCCAAUUGUCUUUGUCCUGGGAGUGUUCCCAAUCGAGAUGUUAAGCAAAGAAAUAUUAUAUCUGUUUAGAUUAAUGGUUCUGGUAGCUCAGAAAAUGGUCACUGUAAAUUGGUAUAAACCUUUAACUCCCACUGCAAAUCAAUGGAAAGAGAGAUUGGUAAAGGUUUAUAACAUGGAGAAAAUAACAGCAUUUAUUUGAUUUAUUUAGGAAAAGGUGGAAUCCACUUAUUACAUACCUAGAUCUGACAGAAUAGCCUGUUAGAUUGUGUUAAAGGAUACAUGUAUGUAUGAGUAUGAGCAUUUAUGUGUGUGUAGAUAGGAGUAUCUGUGUACAGAUGUGCAAAUGCGCUUUGCUGUGUAUGUGUAUGGGUAUAUAUAUGUGUAUGUGUAUGUAUGUAUAUGUAUAUAUGUACUGGACAGUAACAUACUAUAUAGAAAGUACUAGACAGAUGUUAGUAUAAGUAAUUAUUAUUACUAUUUUUUUUUAUCUUUCCGAACUGUAGAGUACAGGUUUUAAUAAGAUGUCCGCCCGCCAAGACGUUUUUUUUUCUUUUGUUUAUGUUCAAUUGUUCUAUUUCAUUGUACUGAAAAUACAGUCUGUGGCUUAAAUCUGUAUUACAAUGAUCUUGUACUAUUAACAGUAUAUGCCAUUUAUGCAAUAAAAGUACUUCUGUUAAAAAAAAAAGAUAUUUCAGUUUUCCACAUUUUAAAACGUUUCGCAUGUAUGAUAUUAUAAUACGA